UGGUUCGGUUCAGUUCGGGAAACAAGUUCUACCCGUCAACCAACCCCCCUUCCCCGAAAUUAGCCAAGUAUUAUUAGUUUUUGGUAAACUUUUAUUGUUUUAUCUUUGAGUUGUUCGAAGCGCAGAGGAGAGUUGUAGAUGAAGGGUUCUCUGUGGGACGGUGAAACCGGAGGAGGGAGGGAGGGGGUCGUCCUGUCCAGCCGGAGGAUCUGAUCCUGGAUCAGUUCGCCUCCUCGCUCAGACAGACGGCGGCUUCUUUAGGCUCAACUGACGGAUCCAGCGCGGAAAACUUCAUUCACUGCGGAGAAGUUUGGAUUCAUCUAAAAUACUUGUGCUAUUAUUUACUUUGUUUUUCUUUUAUAAAGAGCUGUUUAAUCUCAGUGAAUCAAAUUUAACUUCUCCAAACUCUAUCGAAGGAAACGUUUCCGUUUUUUUUGUUUUAAAAAUGGAUAAAUACGAGGAUUUGGGGCUCGAAGCGAGUAAGUUUAUCGAAGAUUUAAACAUGUAUGAAGCAUCCAGAGACGGUUUGUUUCGAAUGAGGAGGGAUGCGGGAAACAACCCGGACUUUGAAGAGACUCGGAGGGUCUUUGCCUCCAAAAUGACUAAAAUACACAUGCAGAAGCAGCAAGAGGAGAUGGCAAAAAGCAGCCAGGUCGUUAAAAUGAACGGUGGCCACCACAGCAGCGCUCACUACACCAAGGACAGACCGCCGAUCAACAGCUCCAGGCAGCCGGGAGAGACGGCGGCGAAGCCCCCGAUCCUGUCCGGACCGGUUCCUGGGAACCAGUACAUCCAUCCAGAACCACCGGCCAGCAGGGUUUAUAGCUACGGAAGUAAUUCUGACAACAAGGACCGCUUAGAGCCACCGUCCUCCAUUCAGCAUAACUCUUCUAUAGCAACUUGUGAAAGUACACCUAAUGCUUUGCACCCUGCGGCCCCCUCCAGAGAGAGCCAGCUUCCCUCAGGGACCCCCGCCUCCCAUCAGCGCCUGCAGGCAUCUCCAGCUGUCAGUCCAUCACCAGCAGCCCAUCAGAGCCCUCUGUGCUUUGCUGGGUCAGACAGGGCUUGGACUGCAGGAUCAGAUGCCCCCCCUACCUCACCUCUGAGCAGCUUCACAGGUGAAGCUGACCUCCAUCAUUACUUGACCUCCUCCAACCACGAUGAUCCUGCAGCCGCUUCAUUUCUCCCUGAAACAGCCCAGCCUAAAGCCCGGCUGACCUCUUCACCUCCGAAAAGUCAGGCUCCAAGUUGGAGCCAAACCUCCGCCGGGGUACCAGUUACCAGUGAUGGUCCUGUUGGUCCAUCGUCCCCUAAGGCGAUCCAGAUAGCAUCUCCUCAGACCUCGCUUCCACUGGAACAGGGACCAACUGCUGCUGAAAUCAAAUUAGAGGCGCUCACCAAGCAGCUGGAGAAAGAAAUGGAUGCACAACCAAAAUCGGACUACUUUGGACUUUGUGUGAAGUGUAACAAGGCGGUUUAUGGAGCCAACCAGGCCUGCCAGGCUAUGGGUAACCUCUACCACGACACCUGCUUCACCUGCAGUGCCUGCAGUCGAAGGCUCAGAGGGAAGGCUUUCUAUUACGUUGGAGGGAAGGUUUACUGUGAAGAGGACUUCCUGUAUUCUGGCUUCCAACAGUCUGCCGAUAAGUGUAACGCAUGUGGACAUCUGAUCAUGGACAUGAUCCUGCAGGCUCUGGGGAAGUCGUACCACCCCGGCUGUUUCCGCUGUGUGAUCUGUAACGAGAGCCUUGAUGGAGUUCCUUUCACUGUGGACACCGAAAAUAAAAUCUACUGUGUCAAAGACUACCACAGGGUUCUGGCUCCUAAAUGUGCCGCCUGUAACCAGCCCAUCCUGCCCUCAGAGGGCUCUGAUGAAACCAUUCGAGUCGUAUCCAUGGACAAAGAUUAUCAUGUUGAAUGCUACCACUGUGAGGACUGCAAGAUGGAGCUGAAUGAUGAAGAGGGUCACCGCUGCUACCCCCUGAACGGACACCUCCUCUGCCACUCCUGCCACCUGAAGCACAUCCAGCCUGGCUGUCCUCCUUCAGUCGCUGCCUCCACAUACUAACAGCUCCGUUAGUGGAGGGAGACACCUGCUGGAUCCGAGCAGGAGCUACAAAUCUCGGCAGCAGGAGUGGGCGUCUUCAAUUCUUGUUGUAGAGGAUUGACCGGUUUAUUAAGUCACUCUCCUGUGUUGUGUGUUUGGAUGGGAAUAUUAAUGAAGCAGGAUUUCAUGUAAGCAGGAAACAUAAAUGAAGCGUUGUGAUAUACCAAAGCUCUAUUUUGAAAACAGACUUUGCAAGCAGUGCCAUAUAAUUAUUUUUCCUAAAGAUAUCAAUAUGUUUGUCUUUGUAAAUAUUUUUUGAUCUACUAAUUUUCUAUUCGGAGUGUCUUCAGGUUCACAUCUGUGCCUCCAUAGCUUCUAGGGAAAGCUCAGUUUAAUUCAUCAAUAGUUCUCAUUUAGUUGAUUCUGUGAGGUUUUUUCUGGGUCGUGUUUUGAAAUUACUAUUAGGAAAAAAAAAUUCAAAAAUGUAAAGUUAAUUAUUUCUAUUUUUGCAGCAAUUUCUUGACAUUUAUGAUCAUUUUUAUCUACAUAUAAAGAUAUAUAGACCCAAUGACUUCUGAACACACCUGUUCCAGUGACUCCAAUCUCUCAAGUGCUUCCUAAUUCACAUCAAUACAGAUCUUCUUCUUUUAUAACUGAGGAACACAGCUUUAAAAUACCUGGUAGCAUUAUUUUCUCCUCUGUUAAACUAAGUCCCUCUCCUGGGUUUUCUAUGUAACAUUAGGCUGGCAGAUCCUGGUGUUUAUAUCCUGGGUCUGCUUUUCCUUAUUCACUCUUGACACAACAUUGUUUAAAUCAAACAAAUAGAAAACACAUUGAAUAAUUUAUACAUAGCCUGUGACCGAAUCAUAAAAAUGUGCUGGGCGGUUUGCAGAGUUUUGUCAUGUUUGAAUUUUACUAACUUAAUUCUGUUUUGUUUAUUGUCUUUAAAAACCUCGUGUCCAAACCAGCUGUUGGAUAGGAUGAAGAGCUGUCGGUUACUUUGAGCUGUUUAAAUAAUGUAAAGAUAUUUAAUAAAUUUUAAUAGACCUGCA